UUCUUCUUUUUUGCAAAGCGUUCGGAAUCCGAGUUGGCUGCGACGACGCUGCACAAUAAAUAAUCGUACUAGUGCUUGUUUACUUUGUCCCCUUUCUUUUUCUACACUCUCCCCGUCACUCCCACUCAACAGGGGGGGGGGGGGGGGCUCAAUAAAGUGUACCAGCUUCCACCGUUCACUGAUUGACUGCCCGUAAAGCCCGGCAAUCCCGCCCGAUCCCGCCGGUCGUUUGCGGCUUGUACCAGCACGACCUCACGUUUAUAGGAAACCGCAUAAUUUAUUGAGCAAUAACUUGGCCACAGUAGCGACCGGGGCCCGAGUCCGGGCAAACCGCAACCCGUUCCGUUGUUUACUUCUUUUUUUGCUUUUUUGUUGGUUAGAAUGACCAUCAAUUUUAAAUUAUCUCAUAUGCUCCUGCUGGCUUUGCUGGCUUUGUUUCUACCAACUGGCGGUUUGAUUUCCAUGGCAACAAAUCGGCCACAACUCGAUGUUUUAUACAUUUUUAAAAAGCACACAUAAAGCCCCAGUAAAGGUGCCAGGAACUGUUGGGGUAAAGCACGCCAAACCCCACUGGCGCAACUAAUGUGGCAAUGUCGAUCGUGAUCGUUUUGCGCGGUGAUGAUUGUCAUCGAAUUAAAGAGCUAUUUAGUUGUUUGCUUCUUUCUGCCUAUUUCCCCCCCUGUUUCUGCGCUUUGAUGAAUGUUUGCCGGUAACACCGGUUGCAUUGGGAAAGCCUUUUCCACGUACUGUGUGUUGCGCCUGCAACACAUUUUCCCCCCAUUCUAUUCUCCUCCUCAUUAACCGACAAACAGGUUCAGCGCGGAUCGGUUCGCAAGUAACUUCGCCUUCGUCCGUGGCAAACGCAAUUGCAAAACACAGUGCACGUUGCACAGCGCACCCUCGAGCUGCACAUUAUAAUUGAAUGAUUUCACCACACACACACACACACACACACAUAGGACAUAGUCCCUUUCCCGACACACUCGCCUCGUGUUGCCUGUACCGGUAGUGGCAGCGGGCAACAGGUGCUAAUCCCGCCGCUUCACGACACGGCAAGAUACAUCAGCCGCACGCAGAGCGACACAGCGACACGCACGGGCACCAACCUUCCACCCAAACCCUGUACCAGCCGUCCGCCGCAAACACAUACGGGUUAAGCCCGUUCACUGGUUCACAAACUCCACAAACAAGCAGCAUAAUUAUUCAAUAAAGCAUAAUUCCCACCACCCGGCUCGAGGUUCGCUGUCAGUGUGCGAUUUCAGAAGCGAUCACACACAGACACACACUUUCGGGCCAGACACACUUCCGCUCCAACCGGGUGUCAGAUCAGUCUGUUGGCGCAACAAACUCGGCCGGCCCUUGCGUACGUGUUGUCCGACUUUUCCGGUCCAACAUGUGUGUGUGUGUGUGUGUGUGUGUCUGUACACCGGGUUGCUUGUCGAGAUGGAGAACGAAGCCGAAGAAAUGCUCCAUCCAUCGGGCAGUACCGCCCAUGACCCACCACAACAUGGUCCGGACGGUACAACAACCACCUCAUCGCAACAUCCCGCCCGAUCACCAACAAGCUUUAACGACCUGAAAUGAAACCUAAUAGAAUGCUCGGACAGGCGCGAGAAGACGACGAGAUACGACGACGCUUAUCGCGCAAUGCCGCUUAUCAACUGCGUAUGUGUGUUUGGACGGUGCUGCUGCUGCUGCAGGGUUGCUUCGGUAGUUUUCCGCUUUUAAAAACUCCAUCCAUACCGGCACUUUCCGAGCCACUUUAAUUAAGCGAACUUCGUUUUAGUUUUUGUUUCGUCGGGCAGUUCGCAAUUCGCCACCUAAUUGUGUCCGUUUCUUUUGCCCGCUGUAUGAUUAAAUUUACACUCAGGCGUACUGCAACAACCGGCUAGUCCACAGGACUCAACACAGCUCGCUUCUCUGCUCCAUCUCUGCCCGUCCUGCUCCCUCUCGCUCGCUCGCACACAAUCAAAUAUUGGAGCAAACUUUUUGGACCGUCUCCCAGCAGCUUGGCCGCUUCACAGUUGCAACUUGCGGUGAUGAAUGUUUGAUAGAGCAGUCCGGUGUGUUCGUGUACGUGCCGCGGGAAGAAAACCCAUUCGUUCCGCCCAUCCCAACACGAGGCGCGAGCGCAAGCGAUAAGCGAUGCCACCGACCAGCCCGGGCACGGCCAAGAGCUUACCCAAACAAACCAUUACAUUACAUUAUUAAAUCGCUGCCCACCGUCGGUCGCGGACGUACCCGCGGGUCCCGAGCUUGCCAGACGAAGCGAACGGAUUGCCUGGCUGACAUCCCAAGUUGCCCGUUGUGAUUCUGGCCACGCGCGCGCCCGUCCGCCAGCGAUAGUUCUGUGAUGGCGGUGCAGAUAGAGAGCAGUGCAGAGGGCUGGGGACAGUGAGUAGCAGCAUCGUCUCUUAGCUAACCGUAACGAAGAGAGCGGUACGGGAUCGGAUUGGCAAAAACGGUGCAAAUCAACGCUCCAAAUUCAGCGCUCCGUAUCCGUGCCAUGUCACAGGAGAAAGCUAAGAAGUUCGGACCGUUAAGAGAGUGAAAGUGGUGUUCUUAAAUCAUUCAUUACGCGCAAACAAAGCCACGUAGAGUCAACGACACUGUGGGACGCGAACGAGUGCUACCGUGGAGCAUUCAGACAUCGAAAUCAUCUGAGCUGUGCUGCAUCAAAAACGUUAUAGUGUUUGUACCGUUGCCCCAUCCAGUUGGGGUGGGAAGAGAAGGUAUCUUAUCGAAUUGAUAAGCGGAACGUAUAAGGCACCAAACCCUAUCGGGUGAUAAGUGAGACGCAAAAUCCCGUUCGUGGUUUGUGAUAAGAAUCGAAACCCCCGUAAGCUCUGAUCGGUUGUUUGGGCGAUCGAUUUGUCUUAGCCAUUUCCGGCUUGCGUUGGUAAAUUGCAAUUUGUUUAUCUAGUGUGCUGUGACGUGGAGUUUUGACAGGUUGACGCAAGUGUAUUCUGAAACGUUUCUGGAAGAUUGCAAGGAAGUGUUUUUGUUGGGUGUUGGUGGUUUUGUGACAAAAAUGGCUGUUAUUUAUCAAGAAUUGCAUUGCAAGUGAAAAACAAACGGACGACACGCGAGUGCUUCUGUGAGGGGGUCGAACGGGCCGGUCCCGACCAAUCGGCCCGGCGCUGUGCUGUGUGCUGCUAAUCGAUCGAUAAUGACAAAAUAACAGCCGACCGAACGAAGUGCACGAAGACCACCGGAACACAGGCUAAGGUCAAGGGCUGCGUACGUCGAGAUUACGCGCCAGCGAACAUAACUGGCAAAACAACACGGAACCGUCUCUCGCUGCGUGGUACCGUCAGUAUUCGCCGAGAAGGGGCGACCAUCGGGCGACACUGUGACACUCGCUGUGUGCGUGUGUGUGUGUGUGGUGCAGCAUACCUUUACCGGUCUCCAAAAGAGUGAUAAUGUGCUCCCGCCGAAGCAGUCGAGCGUCCUGCGGGACAUCUUCGACGCCUUGGGUCCUGGGCGUUGUUACCCUCACACUGCUGACGCUCGCCCCCACCCGAAGCCUUUGCAGUGUAGCACCACAUCCGGCCACUAGCACCAUUAGCAGCGUUGCCAGUUCCAGUGUCGCAUCGAGCAGCUCCACCGCCCCCGUUCCGGACGCUACGACCGCACGGCCGACGGUCAGCGCACGCCAGGAUGCGGGCCCGACCGAACAGCCAACCCUGCCACCCGAAGGUCAGAUACCGCUGGAACGAUUGCCCUCCAACACGCUGCUCAAGUACACCGCCUACAAGGACGUCUCGAUACUGCACUUUCGCAUACCGACCGACACCCGGACGGCCUUCUUUAGCUUUAAGGCGUACGAGGAAUCCAAAGGUGCCUUCCAGCGCAACUGCAAACCGAACGAUAUUACGCUGCACCUGAAAGCGGGAAGCUAUCCGGUCAUCAGUCCGGAAAAUAUCACAUUUCCCAAACACUUUCUGGACGCCGAGGAGCGGUUCGAAAUCCACAGCCUACAGUUCAAGUCGGACAGCACGACGAGGCGGCUAAGCAUUGAGGGACCCCAUCCGGGCAACUGGUUCGCCGUGGCAUUCAUCAGCUGGACCGACCCGAACAACGAGCGGAUAGAGCAGCAAGGUCUGGCGGCAUCCUGCGAAACACUGCUCAUGUCCGAGAUGGCGGUCGUGAGCGCCCGGCCCCAGCUGCUGAACGUGGACGUCCGGUACGAGGGUACGCUGGCGGCCGAUCAGCCGGAACCGCGGUCGUUCAAGUUCUUCGUGCCGCACAACGUGUCGAUCGUCACCUGGCGGCUGUCCAUCGCGCAGCCCUGCUUCAACUGUACGGACGUGAGCUUCCACGUGCAGGCGAGCGCCCUGCCCACGGCGCGCAACUAUCUGCAGAACGCGCUCAUCUGCCCGAACCAGACGGGGGACGUCAGCAUCGAUUUCUAUCCGCACGAGGGCGCCUGGCACUACGUGGAUAUGGACUUUGCGCGUGAAACGUUGCCCACCGCCAUCGGUGCGAUCGUGGCCCCUGGCUACCGGACACCGAACGAGACGACCGAGCCGGAGGAAAGGAAGCAGCAACCGGCGGCACCCACCACCGCCGGUGCACCCGAGGCGCAAAUGGUCGCGUACACGGUCGAGCUUAUCUAUCACGAUACGUACGAUGCAGGGGUAGGAUCGACUGCUGCUGCUGCUGCUGCUACUCCAACGACUCCGUCCACCGAAGAUCCAACGCCUGCCGACGCGAGUGGCGACGCAGCGGAGGACAGUGCGGAGGGUCCCGCGGCCGACACCAAAUCGCUGCCGAACCGAAGCUUCGAUCGCUACCCGGUGCUGCGCCAAACGUACCGCGAGUUCUUCAUGUUCGACUACGACCUGCUGCCGGACGUGAACGGGACGGUGCCGGUGACGCUUAACCUGACCGCCGGCGUGCCGGCACUGAUGAAGUUCGACGUGAACGAUGUGUACGACAUUGGCGGGACGCUUAGCUUUGCCGUUGCGAUGCGGCAGGAUCUCAAGGGCAGCCUGAUCGACGCGCGCCACGAAUCGACCAACGAGCAUGCGAGCGUGGUGGCGGAGAAGCUGGUCGACGUGCAGGAAGAGUUUGUGCCGGAGGUGGAUCUGAUGACGACAACGACGACGACGACGACCACCACGACCACCACCACCACAACGUCCAGUACUACCACGAGCACCACGCCAUCGAGCGCUGGUGAGGCGGGCAAGGGCAAGACAGCGCCUGCCGGCAAAGCAAAUCAAACGGUGAUCGUGUGCCUGCGCCUGGAGGAACCGGGCAUACCGACCUGGCCGGACAAGUGUGUGUACGGCCGGCACAUCUACCCGGCCGCCAUCGUCAUCAACAACACGGACGCGGACACGAACACGGGCCUGGUGCACGUGCCGUUUCCCGAGCCGGGCAGCUGGUACGUCACGCUCGGCCUGUUCUGCCACGGCACGGAGGCGACCGCCCGCUCCACCAUCAUCGACAGCGUGAAAGACUUCGUGCGCUCCUACCGAGCGACACUGGCGGCGAUGCGCGCCCCAUGCUCGUGCGCCGAUCGGCUCAGCUACUAUCGCGGCUGUCUCGCGGACGACGGCUGCCUGCAGGCGCUCAACGAAACGGAAACGCUCAAGAUCAAGGAGUGCAUCAUGGACGCCAAGUGUACCGGCGGCCGGUCGGACGAGAUGGCGCGCAAGUUCGAGCAGCACCACAAGUACGCAACGGAGCAGAGCGUGCAGGGUGGCGUCGCGGACAGCACCUGCAACUCGAGCGUCGUCUUCACCAUCUCGUCCAGCCCGUGCGUGGCGGGGCGCUGCGGGCGGUUCGGCCGCUGCUACCACUACAUGUCGGGCGGGUUCGUGUUUUCCACCUGCCUCUGUCUGCGCAACUAUCGCGGCUGGGACUGUACGGAGGAUUCGCAGGUACCGUCCAGUGCCUCGAUCCUGCUCGCCUCGCUCAUGCUGACGCUGUCCAAUCUGCUGUUUCUGCCGAGCAUCUUUUACGCGGUCAAGCGCGGCUACCACAGCGAAGCGAUCAUCUACUUCUUCGCGAUGUUCUUCUCCGCGUUCUAUCACGCGUGCGAUUCGGGCGAGGAAGAGUUUAGCUUCUGUCUGGUGAAGAUCGGCGUGCUGCAGUUUUGCGACUUCUACUGCGGGCUGCUCGCGAUCUGGGUGACGCUGAUCGCGAUGUCCAACAUCCGGCACCAGCUGGUGUCGCUGCUGCACAUGCUCGGCGCGAUCCUGCUCGCGUUCGGCACCGAGCUGAACAAGCAGUCGCUGUGGGUGUUUCUGGCGCCCGCCCUCACCGGCAUCUGUCUCAUCUCGGUCAGCUGGGGGCUGCGGUGCCGCAAGACGAAGCGCUGCUUCCCGGCCCGCAGCUACCUGGCCCUCUACCUGCCGAUCGGCAGCGUGCUGGUGAUGGUGGGCCUGGUCUGCUUCGCCUUUCUGCAGACCAAGCAGAACUAUCACAUCGUCCACUCGAUCUGGCACAUGGUGAUGGCGCUCAGCAUUCUCUGCCUGCUGCCGGACCGCAAAACGUUCCACCCGAAGUGCUAGCAUACGGUGCGCAUCUACCUGCUCAACUCGGGCUCACCCUCCACCUCCACCCAGUCGUCGUCCGGCUCGAUGUCGACGUCCUCGACGACGUCCUCCUGCUCGACCGUGGCGGCGGUGGCCGCCAACACCACUACCAGCUCCGUCGCCACCACCGCCACCUCCACCACGGCUGUGAUAUCCCAGGCGUCUCCGGUGGCAGCGCCCUGCACGGUGGCCACGAUCACGGACGGGCAGGGUGCGAUCGUACACCGCGAACGGGCGGCACCGGGACACGAAGGGCCACUGGAAGCUCUAGCGCCAUAAACGGCCCGCUCGCUCAACCUUCUGCACCUUUCCCCCACGGUCACACGCCCUGCACAGGCCAGUAGUAGUAGUUAGAGAGUAACACCGAGCACCACCACAACCCGAUCGAUGUUGAUGUCCUGCACCCCCCCCCCCUCCUUCUCAAAUUGUGGCCGCAGAUACUAGUUAGAUGGAUUAGCUCAAUGAACAGCGUGGGGGGGGGGGGGGGAACGAAACGACUCAGGACUUCCUGGUCCAGAACGCCCCUCCUUCCCGGUGUCUUCUCGAUAUGAUGUGUGUGUGUGUGUGUGAUUUGUUAUCUCGUGUCUCUGUCUGCAUAGGUCUAUGGAUGUACGUGUAGGUGUAUGUGUGUAUGUAUGUGUGUAUGUGUGCGUAUCUGUGCUUGAAAGACUAAAGGGCACUUCCGGCGUAGGGCCCUGCGGUGGAUGUGUUUUAGAGCUCGUCCGUGUCGUCCAUAUUCCGGCAUAUGGUUGGCGCGAUGGUUGCGGCACUUUCGUCCCAUUUCCUCAAUCGAAUGCUGUAGAACGGAGGAGAGAAACUAUUGGUAGAGAUCGAUUACACUAGGAGAAAAAGGAGGACAUGUUCUAAUACUCACACUGCACACACAUAAGAAACGCCAUAUAGAUAUAUAUUUGAGGGUGCCAGAUUUACACCGUUCGAUCGACCAUUGUUUGAUAAAUUCAUACGUGCCUUGCUGUUGUAGUGGAAGCGGAACCCGAGCAAAAAGAGAACAAAAAAAGCAACAACCCUCCCCGACCAGACAGUUGCAGUUGCGUCAAGUUCGAAACUCACCCCGGAAACAGUGAGCAUUCACAACGGAUGGGGGGACACAGCGGGGAUGAACAGGGCUGCUGGCGGGAUAUAGUGCGAAGGGACGAGGGUUUUGUGAAGCUUUUACUCCUUCAACUUUCUCGUGUCGUGUUGUUGUUGUUGUUGUUGUGCACAGCCCAAUCUGCGCGGGUGUUUUUGUAUUUCCUCUUUGCGUUGCAACCUAACGAUACGAUGCACAACCGUUUUUUCACUCCCCUACACACUCACACACACACACACACACACACUCCAAAACACAGUCACCAAAUAUCCGGUUUUUUGCACCACUCACUGUUAGGGAACGAACGCGAAGAGGCAGAAACUAAACCUACAAACAAGAGAGAUAAGAAUUAUUGUAAAAAAACAUUGCAAAAACCAAACGAAGAAGCGGAUUAAUUAAUGUAACUUUACUCCGUAGUAGUGCGCCGGUAGAGAGAGGAACUAGAGAAAGAGAGUAAGAUUAUAAUUACUAUUUACCACAACAGCCAUCCCCUGGCGAACGUAAGAACGAAAAAAGUGAAACCAACUCUUAAACAUUUUACACGUCCAAAAGCAAAUGAAAUAGAUGUUUGAUACCAAAAAAAUAAAAAAUAAAAAAUAAAAACAAAAGCUCAAAUAACCCUAAACCAGAGCAAAGUAGUUAGAGUACGCGCGCAACUGCAAGCAACUUCUUAUCACAGCAACAACAAACACAACAACUCUUUUUGUCGCACGGUAUCGUACACUUAUAUGUUUGUUUGUUUUUGUAUACGUAAUAGAGGCAAACUGGCUAAGGCAAUGCACAUCACUUCAAUGUAUGGCACCGCAAACGGUUGUAAGAAAGCCCUUUGCGCAAGAGAGAACAGGAUAGGCACGCGGAACGCGCAUAACUAGCAUGUACAACAUGCCAAUAGGAACACAUUUAAGAUCAGCAUUAGGCAGUGCUGUGGAAGUACACACCGGUUCUCAUUUACUGCAAGAAAAAAAAAGACAGACUUUGAUGGCAUAUUUUUCUACCACUGUAAUACGACUACUACCACAAGCGUAAUCGAACAUUGUUACCAAGCGCGCGGACAGGUGGGAUUAUGAAUCCGCACCGGUUUUCUUGUAUAAACGAACUAUUAUUUUCUUUUAUCUUAAUAAAAAAAGUACGAACUUUCGUCCGAGAGCAAAAUGAAAA